GGCAAGACUGACGUAAUAUCUCACAAUUGACAGUUCAAAGGCGUACACUAAUUUUUUUACGCCACUUCUCAAAGGAACCAAUCUUAUUAAUUUUUGUAUGUUGGUCGGAAUGAAUUUUUUCAUUCUAGCUAGACGAUAAACAAAGAUUUGGUUAUAAAUCUCGUUGGAUAUAAAUAUGAUUGAUUAAUCUCCUUAUCUAUGUACAGUCAAGGAAAUGGAACUGGACAAGUUAUUAUUACACCUUCGUUGCGAUUGUUGAAGGUGUUUGUAUACAUACACACACACACAAACGGAUAAUCACUACCCUUCUUGACAUAAACAGGUGAUUUGGAAAGUAUUGCAAAUAUGCCGAUCAGACGAAAUGUUGACCCGAUUCAUGUGAAGCGGAUUUGGAAUGCUAUAAGGACUGCAAAUCAUUCCCGAGUCUCGGCGGAUGUUACGAAAAUCAUUAGAUAUCUUCAAAAUAUAGAUAAUUAUACGGUGGCUCAAGUCGAACUGUAUGUAAAGCAGGCUGUGAACGAGAAACUGAUACUUCCCAAUAAAAAACACGAUCUUGGAAAUCAGACAUACAAAAUUCCUACCCAUGAAACGACGGAACUGGACGGGAAAGACUGGUAUUGCUUUGAAUGCCAUCUAGCAGGCGACGUAACCCCCUGUGCUAAAUGCUAUCGAGUGUUCCACCAAGACUGCAUAGGGGGAGCGAGAAAAAAGUUCGAGAACCAGAAGAACACCAACUUUGUACGGAUUCCCCCGAAACCUGCUACAGAGUCCAGCAUAGACACGGUCACUAUCAUUUGCGAUGACGACGAGCCUCUGGGUCAUUACGAAGCUAACUUAACUGCUCCUAGUUCUUGGAUUAGUAACGAGUCAGACAACAGGAGCAAUAUCAUUUUUGACGAAGAACUGUGUGCGAUCUGCAACAUAUAUCGGAUAGACAACAGCUGCGAGAUGAGCAAAACUGAAAUCAAUUACUUGCUGAAGUUUGUCUUGAACAGGAUAAGGGCUUGGCUACCUCACACCAUCACACACACCAUGGCUGCCGAAGAGCGCCCGGAAUGGUUGACAGAUGCUGAACUCACGUGGAGGGCGAACCAGCUCUUCUUCGAACACCGAGACAUGUCUGUUAUAGAGGUGAAGCUGAACACAGAAACAUAUUCGAUGUUUUCCGAGUUCUUGGAGGACGUCUAUAUUGUGCAGCACAACGUGGCCAUAUUUCAUGGAAUUGAAUCCCAAGAAUAUGGUGCAGCAGAGCUGAUGAUACGGGACACCAUCCACGACAUUACGGAAAUGAAGAAUUGCGUCGACUGUUACAGGCACAGCAACGAAAAGAUCAACAGCAAGUGGUUUUGUUUGCCGUGCAGACCGCCGCACACGCUCGUUUGGGCCAAGCAGAAAGGUUAUCCAUAUUGGCCUGCCAAGGUUAUGAAUGAGACUGAGACGCAUUUUGAUGUGAGAUUCUUCGGAGGGAAAUACGAACGUUCGGUGUUGUUGAAGAAUUGUGUGAAGCCCAUAACGAUGUCCAAAACAAGCCUGCAGGUAUGGAUCAUGAAAUUUAUUUUUGUUUGGUGA